UUACCAAGCAACUAUACAAUGGGUGGACUUCCUUUCCAAGAUGCUACUUCAGCGUUGGCUUUGCCAGAGAAUGGAUCAAAGCAUAAUCAAGUUUCAUCCGUGACAGCACCGGCACCAGAGUCUAAGCCAAAGAAGAAGAUCUGCUGUGCUUGCCCUGAAACUAAGAAGUUGAGAGAUGAAUGCAUUGUAGAGCACGGGGAAGAUGCUUGUUCAAAGUGGAUUGAAGCUCACAUCAAAUGCCUCCGUGCUGAGGGGUUCAAUGUCUGAUUUUAUCAGAGGUUAUUAAGUCGAGAAGAUGCAUGUGCGUGGAUUCUGGGGGUGUGAAAUAUGCAAAUUUUUGUUGUCGAGACAGCAAGUAAUGAGGUUAUAGAAUAAAGUGGCCAACUGACUUUCUCAGAUAUUGGAUAUAUAUCUGUUCAUGAUUAUUCUUGUAAAAAACUGAAUUUUUUGAAUUCAACAAUUCAUUGGCUCAAUUUUUAUCCU